AUGCAUGGCAGCGACACGCUUUUCCUCUCGGAGAAGCUGCAGGCUGCAGGGAGAAAGUUGCAGGAAAUGACGACGGAGGAGGUGGAGACCGAACGGGAUCCGAUGGUGGAGCUGCUGCGACGUGUGCAGGGGCCUUUCGCUGUGGCGUGGCUACAUGAGAGCACAAAGAGGCUGUAUUUCGCCCAUGAUCGCUUUGGGCGGAGGAGUCUGCUGUACAGGAAGUGGGGAAACUCGGCGGAGUUGUUGCAGACGGACUUGACCCGAUUUGUAUUGAGCUCGGUGGCGAUUGGAGAUAGCGAAGAUGAACUGUCGAAGUUCCAAGAGCUGCCUGCGUUUGGAGUCUAUGUGCUGGAUCUUCAUGCGCGGUCGGUGCCUCGUACAGUUGCAAGCCCAGAGGUUUCCAAGACAUUAGAAUCAUCAGCAAAUGCCUUGAUAGUUGCGCUCAGCAACGCUGUCGGUGUUCGUGUCCGCUCCAUUCCUGCGCGUCCACGUUCAGAUGAUUGCCCUCGCCCCGCUCGUGUUGGCGUACUUUUCUCCGGGGGACUGGACUCGGUCGUGAUCGCAGCGCUGACUCACUUUCACGUUGCGGUCGACGAACCCGUCGAUUUGCUUACUGUCUGCUUUGAUGAAAGCUCCGCCUUUACCUCUCCCGAUCGCCUUGCUGCUGAGUUGGCGCAUGCUGAGCUCUGUGCAUUAUUCCCCUCACGCCAGUGGAAUCUUGUCAAGGUCAACGUGCCACGGGUGGAUCUCUCUAAGCAGCAGAGUGAGGUGUUGACGCUGAUGGCUCCUUGCGAUACCCACAUGGAUUUCAACAUCGGAGCUGCUUUUUGGUUUCUCUCGCGCGGUCUUGGAGAGCUGAAGCAGACAGCGCAAGCACCGGAAAACGCGACGAUGGAGGAGUUGAACGCGUUCCUCAAGCCUCAACGAGCCGAUCUCCGUGAAUUAGAAACAGAAGUUGCUUUCCUUGAGCUUUUUGGUGGGAAAGCUGAGAGUGACAACACUCUUCUGUGCCCUGUGGAUCGAUGUGGACGUAAACGCAAGCAUGGCUGUAUUGUGGGUGUCUGCAAGAGCUGCUGCUUCAAAAUGCAGCGAGCAGGCUGCCGAGCCAAGUUGCUGUCCAUGCGUGUGCAGUCGGAAGACCAUCUGAAUCUUCUCUUGGAUCUCCUCAAGUCAAAACAAGAAGAAGAACAGAAUGAGUCAUCAAACUCCAAGCUCAAGCCUGUUCUUUCUUGUCUGGUGCUCGUGGGUAUUGGUGCGGACGAGCAGCUCGCUGGAUAUGGGCGUCAUCGUACAGCCCUGAUCAAUGGAGGAGAAGACGCUCUACGAGCCGAGCUACAAGUAGAUCUUGGCCGGAUCUGGAAGCGCAACCUUGGACGCGACGAUCGCUGCAUUGCGUCGCACGGACGGGAGGCGCGCUUCCCCUUCCUUGAUGAAAGCGUUGUCUCCACUAUCGCAACAUUCCCCGUUUCCAGCCUCUGCGACGCCGAUCUACCGCGUGGCGUCGGUGACAAGCGAGCUCUACGGGUAGUCGCAAGGUCACUCGGACUCCGAAGCUGCGCUGGACUGGCGAAGCGUGCCAUCCAGUUCGGCUCGCGGAUCGCCAAGGUCUCGAACAGCGGCAGCAACCGCCAGACACAGGGAAUGAACAAAUUUUCAAGCGUGCAAUGA